UAGAGGACGGGAGAUAUAAUGAGUAUCCUUGGGGUAAAGAUUCGUUUAGAGAGUUGGUUGUAAGCAUCGGGCAGAAAUAUGCUGGUUUUAAGAAAUAUUAUAGGAUUCAUGGUUUGCCGCUUGCUAUGCAAGUAUGGUUGUAUGAAUGUUGCUCAAAAGUCCCGUCCACCAUUGCAGUUAAGACGGGGAAUUUAAUUCCUAGAAUUUUGAACUGGCGGACUACGGAAGGAAAACCAUAAUUCAAGAGAUUGAUGGAUGGCAUGUUCAGAGACGAUAAAAAUCCGUCCUGUAGAUUUGAGGAAGUUGUGCCAACACCCCAUGAGUUGGAAACUCUUAAAUUGCCUCCUGUUGCACAUGACAUACCAGACGUCAAACAUGGAGUUGAUGGUGUACAUGGUACUGAUUUGGUAGACGAUGAUUACGAUAAUUUUAGUACCACACCACCGCAUCUGUCCAGUGGCAAACAGCAACAAAGGAGUGCCAAUUCUGAUUCCCCGCGAGGCAAGAAACGGACGCAGUUUCCAGUUUCUGUUCCUCCUUCCAGGAAACAACCAUCACGGAAGGAAUCUGGGAUAAAAGGGACAAGGAAACCAGAUGCACCUACAACACCCCGAACAGAUGAGUUUAAACUGAUAAGGGAAGAGAUUCAGAUUUUCAAGAAAGAAGUCGGCGACACAAUGUUAAAAGCUGACUUACAUAGUGAUGGUGGGAUUUCUCAAGGCAAUCAAAGUGGCGGUGCAGUAAAGCUUUCAACCGAAGAGAAUCAAGGUGGUGGUGCCACUUCCGCGCAGAGGAGUCAUCCAGUGGAAUCUCAGCAAAUCGGCGAUAUGGAGAAUGCUAAUGCUGAAUUUACCGCAUCAUAG